AUGAAGGGUUCUGAAGCGCAGGGGAAGCAGCCAGUACUUCGGCAAGCGACUUUGUCGUCUUUCUUCAAGAGUUCGAGAAGAUUAGCAGCUGUAAGGCCGGUCCGACAUGCUGCUGUGCAGCAGCCUGACGUACCGCCUGCUAUUAUUGAUCUGGAAAUGAAUGAAAGUUCAUCGAAGAAAUCUACUUUGUUUUGUUCGCAGGGCUCGUUUGACGAGUGUGAUCCAGAUGAGGAGUUUAAGAGACUCGUCAGUGGUCCGAAGUUGAAUACUAUGAAAAAGGCUACAAUUACUAGAGUUCCAUCUUUGCUCAGAUCCAAUUCCUCCGUGAGUUAUUCAUAUGAAAAGGAAACUGUAAGUUCUACUCAAUUAUCAUUUACCAAUGAAGAUGAGAUUCUCAAGGAAAGACCAGCUAAGAGAGGUUCACCACAAUCCUUUCAAGGUCUUAGACUGACUGGGCCAAAGCGAAUCAAACCAUUAUCGCGGAAAUCUUCGAGCUUAGCAAAGGAGCAGGAGAUUAUACGGUUGACGAAGGAGCAAGAAGCCGUGAUGGAAAUGGUACUCAGGAAGAGACUGAACAUAUUCUAUACCGGUUGUGCUGGUACAGGGAAAUCAGUUAUUUUGAAGACUUUGAUUUCGAAACUUGGUGGACUUUACGGAAAGGAGGCUAUCGCUGUUACAGGCUCCACAGGUUUAGCCGCCGCCACAAUCGCUGGGACUACUUUGCAUAAGUGGUCGGGAGUCGGUAUAGGAAAUGGAACUGCCGAGCAGCUUGUUAAGAAGGUGGAAAAGCAGCGUAAUAUGCUCGCGAUUUGGAGAAAUACGAGAGUUCUCAUCAUCGAUGAAGUUUCAAUGAUAGAUGGCCAUUUUUUGGAUAAGUUAGAAUACAUUGCAAGACGAUUGCGUAAGAAUGAUAAACCAUUUGGCGGAAUACAGCUAGUACUAACGGGAGAUUUUUUCCAGUUACCUCCAGUACAAAAGAGAGAUUCGCCUAAGAAUGAUAUGGCAGUGUUUUGUUUCGAAAGCCAAAUGUGGAAAACGUGCAUUCAUCGUACGAUCCUUCUAACCAAAGUGUUUAGACAACAGGAUAACGAGUUAAUCGAUAUGCUAAACGCUAUUAGAUUUGGCGAAGUGACCCCACAAUUGACCCAAACCAUUCGACAACUCAGUAGAACGAUCACUUAUUCAGAUGGGAUUGCUCCCACGGAGCUAUACGCGACAAGAAGGGAAGUAGAGAGUUCCAAUGCACGUCAACUGAGCUCAUUGCCCGGUGAAGCUUACGAAUACCACAGCAUAGAUGCCGCGCCAAAAGAAUAUAUGGCUCUACUAGAUUCAUCAGUGAUGGUGGAGAAACUUGUAACGUUGAAGGUUGACGCUCAGGUAAUGAUGCUUAAGAACAAGCCCGAAUCAGAGUUGUUCAACGGGUCUCUAGGCAAAGUUCUUUUCUUCAUCACAGAACGUCUCGAACGAGUCAUGAAGGAGCACUACAGCGUGACAGAGGAUGAUGUGAUCCUCGACAUGAGGCUCGUCAGCAGAGCCAUUGGCAAACCACUGAUUAUGGAUUCCCAAGAGUUUCUACAAGAUUUCUACGCAAGACCUCUCGCGAGACAAGAAGUGCUACAAACAAUGAUAAAUCAUGCCAAGAAAACCUCUCCAAAAGAAUCAGUUUACCCAUAUGUCAGAUGGAGUCUCGACAACAACAACAGGUUCCAUCACGAGCUAAUGCUGCCCGAACGUUUCCCAGUUGAUCUACCAGGUGCCAAGACUGGUCUUGAACGGAAUCAGCUUCCAUUGAUGCUCUGCUGGGCUCUCUCGAUUCACAAAGCUCAAGGUCAAACAAUACAGAGGCUUAAGGUCGAUCUAAGAAAUAUCUUCGAGGCUGGCCAGGUCUACGUGGCAUUGUCUCGGGCAGUCUCAAAGGACAAGUUACAAGUUCUAAAUUUCAACCCAAAGAGAAUUCGGGCAAACGACAAAGUCAAAGGAUUUUACAAGGCUCUUGAAGUCCUCUCAUAA